AUGCAACCUAAACAGUUAUUAUUCUGUGUUACAAUAACAAUUACUCUGUUUACCUCUGUGCUGUGUUCUACAUACUUCUUUGGUGAUAAAACGAAUAAUUCAAGAUUGAUACACGCCGCCAACGUUAGGUACGAGGCUAUCCCAUUAUUGAAACGCGUGAAACUGUUCACUUACAAUGGCGCAAUCCCUAUAAAGUCUAUAAGCUGCUACGACCACCAAAACAGCGAAGCGUCAAUCAAUAUCACAGAGGGCGGUAUCGGGUUCAAGCACGUCACGCUGCGUAUGAAGAGUCAACGUAGCUACCGGCUGGACUACGCUAUCGAAAUAUAUGGAUGA